GUGUGGGAUGUGAAAUGAAAUUGAGCGAAUAAAUAAUACAAUUUGACUUGGUUUAGUUAUAUUUAGCUGGAGAAAAUGGACACUGAAUAUUGGCCAAUUACCCCGGCAGGGAGCCGAGCCCAUACACUUAAUGUCCGACAAAUUGAACAAUGGCAACACCAUGCCGACCAGACCGAAGACCCACCUAUCCACCUACACCCACAAAUACCCAUACCCAUCAUUGAGACGCGACCCACACUCAUGACUACUGCAAUGGACAAGGUCAAAUGUGGCAAUGGAAUGUGGGCGUUGCCCGCCAUCGUGGUCACUGUUGCAGGCGAGGACAAUAAGCUGGCAGCAAACAGUUGAAGCUCUGCUCGACUCCGGGUCAAAUGUGAGUCGUUGCGUCGCGUCGCGUCGAGUCGAGUCGAGUCGAGUCGGUUGGUUGGACAAGAGCCGAGCCAAGAGGUAAGAGCCAAGAGGCAAGAGCAAGAGCCAAGCAACCGUCAGCCAACCGAAAAAGUCAAAGCCACUUGGCUUUUGUUGCUGUUUGUUGCCUUGCUGCGAAUAUCAAUGAGUCCAUUAUGUAUGAACGGCAAUGUCUAUAGCCGCCUGACAUGACAGCAGCCACUCAAUGCAAGCACGGCACAGCACAGCACAGCACAGGAGAAGCAAGCAAGCUCGGGAUAUAAGGCGCCGAGGUAUAAGGCGACAGAAUUGAAGUGAUGACAGUUGACAGCGUUUGGCAUUUUGGCACCCAAGCAACAACAACAACAACAGCGACAUCAGCAACACCAACUAAAGGCAUCUGACGGGGAGGGAGAAGAGAGCAGGUCACUGACUGCGAACCAGAGCGAAGGCGAUAGAGAUGCGAAUGGUAUUGGUGAUGGGAGCUGGGAGCUGGGAGCUGGGAGUUGCGAGAUGGUGAUGCUGAUGGUUAAGGAGGGGAGAUGGAGACGUCUGACAAUAAAAGCAUCAAUUUGCCGUCACCUGUGUGGCACAUUCAGCAAGUGAUGCAAGGAAAUGGAUUCUGGAGCCCAUGACCAUAAAAUUUUAGUAGCACACACAGUUUUGGAUUUUGUC